AUGCGCGUGGGCGAGCGCGGCGUUGUGGGGCUGCGUGGACGACACGGUGGGGAUCGUGAUGGUGUCGGGGAAGUUGUCGUGGCCGCGCUUGCGACGGCUGGCGCAGCUCCCGCACGUGAAAAAGGCGAUGAAGCCCAUGGGGCAAGUGCGUGUGACAAGGGAAGUGACGGACUGACUCGAUGUGUGGGAUGGCGUGGGAUGGCGUGGGGUGGAGGGCGAGAGUUGAUAGACUGUGACAAUAAAUAG